AGUUCCUUAUCCUUCAAAUGCGAUUGAUGUUCCUGACUAUGAAGUACAUGAAAUUGAAAGAGUGCGUGUUUUGUUACUAUGCUGGGCUGCAGAUCAKCCAGGCCAAUGUGAGUUUGGAAAGUUCUUAAACCAGGGGAAAUGUGCUUGCAGGAGAUGUAAGAUGGCAGGGCAGCAAAGUCUUCAAUCAAAUCACUAUUAUUAUGGUGAUAACCGUUUUCAUGCUCGGCAUCCGUGGGAGAAGAGAGAUGUAACUACAGAAGAGAAUACCUUUUAUGAUCUAGACAAUGAAAACCGAGUAAGUGUACGAAAGCAACUGUCAUCAGUGAAGGGAUUUACUGGAACUCCAAUCUUUCACCAAUAUUUGUAUCCUCUCUACAAGUUUGACUGUAUUUAUCACAUGGUUUAUGACAUAUUUCAUACUCUUCCUUUGAAUAUAUGCAAAAACCAGAUUUCAAMACUYUUGCAGCUAGAGUUAUUAGAUACUGUGUAUGUAGAUGAGCAAAUUCAACAAUUUCCUUGGAAUGCAGAAUUUAAACAAGGACGRAUUCCCACUUCAAUUGGCAAAGAAUGSAAAGGACUUGGAUAUUAUAAAGCAGAAUCAUUUCAGAAAUUUUUCUUUCRAAUGCUAGGAUGUAUUGUAGAGAAUAAGAUUUCUGACCCUAAAGAACUAGAAGUGAUAAGUUUAGUUUCCUACCUAACGGAACUGCACUUCUAUAGUGGAAGGAAUGGCUGGACUGAUAGUAUGAUACAGCUUCAUAAACAACUUGCUCAAACACUGGUUAUAAGAAUUGAGGAGACACAAGGGUUAGAAAUGUGUACKAUAUCAGUACACAAUAUUACACAUGCACAUGAAGACCUAAGAAACUUUGCGUCAUCAGACAACUAUUGGUGUGCGGUAUUUGAACGAGCUGUAAAGAAAUAUGUKGGGCGCUCACACAACUGUAAAGGUUUAGAAAUGACAUUUGCAAAAGCAGAAUGUAGAAGAGAAAGCUUGAAAAGUUUGGAAGCAAGGGAUAAUAUCCCCAAUSAAGGACAUGAUCACAAGGUUGAGGGAAUUGUCAAGUCUGAGGAUGAGGCUAGGAAGAUCUGCACAGCUACCAAAUGUGAAGGWUUGCUAAUAGGCCCAAGAAAAUCUAAAGUCAUUGAGUUAACAGAGAAUGAAUGCUCUAACAUCAAUUCGAUGUUAUCACCUCCACAGCCUGUUCAAUCGGUAUCUAGAAUUGCAACUACUGCAGAGAAAUGUUUUUUGAGUAAUGUUGGAUUUAAUGGCUCAGUCUUUUCAAGUGAUGACAAUAUUGCUGCCUUUUUGGAGGAUGGUGAAUGUAUUGUCRAGAUCAAGCAGUUCUUAUUGGUAAGAUAUGGAGUAGACAACAAUCACACCAUUUUAAUUGAGGGUUAUAUACAACCAUUUAACAAAUCCCCUGAAGGCGAAAUUGAUGUUAAUCCAUGGAAUGGCUUUCCUAAAGUCAAAGUACAACCACAUGAUAAUACAGUUAUCUUUUUAAAUCAAUGUGUCAAGAGAAAGGUGAUUUUAUACAAGCAUGCUCAAACAAGUCUUCAUACUGUUGUGGAUUAUGAUAGACAAUUGAAAGAUGUUCCAAACCUCGUGGUCCCUGUGUACCCAGAGAGAGAUGACAUGUUGUUAAUUCAAGGGGAAAACCAGGGGGAUGUUUGGUAUGGUAGAGUUUUAAGUGUUGAUUUAUCUAACAAGACAGUUGAGGUGUAUUUUUAUGUGGAGAAACAACAACGUCCCAACAGAUUUGUAAGAGAAAGCUUUUCCAGGCAAGCAAGAAAUACUGUUGUCUUUGAUUCUAUUCUUGGCAUUGCAAAUGGUCACUGGAUAAAUGGAAACACUUGGCAAAAGUCAAUCUAA